UUGAAGCAGUCGUCGCCCUGCAAAUUAUUGCUUCUUUUUUCUCCUCCAAUCUAUUGUUAGCCAGGUUGACACCAAACUACUUUUGCAUCUUUCAUCCGGAGCUAUGGAAGGAGCUUUGGUAGCUGCAGCUCGCUUUGUGGCGGACAAGGUGGCAAUUCUCGUCCAACUCGACGCGAAACUCAAGGCAAUGACUGGUAUCGAAGAGAAGAUGGAGAAGCUUAAGGAGAUGUCGACUAUUAUUGACUUGGUGAUCGAAGAUGUCGAGUCCCACCCUUUAAACAAAGAUGCUGUGAAGGACUUGUUGAGGAAGCUCAAAUACUUAGCUUACGAUCUCGAGGAUGCUGUGGAUUACUAUGAUACCAAAGUCUUCCAGAAGAAGCAGAGAUCAAAUACUUCUUUUGGGCUGGUGAGUGAUUUCAUAUCUUCUGAUAAUCAAGUUCUAUUUAACAGCAGGGUAGGGUGCAUGAUAGAAGCUGUAACAGAUAGUCUGGAUUCUAUUUUGCUACAAAAGUCCAUUCUUCUGAAUUUGCCACAAAGUAGUAGCCACUUGUCACUAUAUCCCUACAGCGAGACCCACUCCCUCAAUGGCUUUGAUGUUAUAGGGAGAGAACCAGAGAAGAAUAAUAUUGUCAACAUCUUAACAAAUGAUGAUGAUGAGGGAAGCAGCCAUAGCACCUUGAGGGUCAUUGCCAUCGUUGGGAUGGGUGGCCUGGGGAAGACUACACUUGCUCAGCUUGUUUUCAAUGAUGAGAUGGUGCAAGACCAUUUUGCAAGUUUGACAAUGUGGAAAGUUGUUGGGGCAGAAUUUAAUCCCACAAAGAUAAUGAAGUCUAUUUUAGAACUGGCUACUGGUGAACCAGGCAACAUCUCAGAAAUAGAUUUAGUGAAGCAGAAGCUGAAAAAAGAAUUAUCUGGGAAGAGAUUUCUGCUCGUGCUGGAUGAUGUAUGGAAUGAAGAUCCAGUAAAGUGGCGUAUACUGAAAGCGGCCUUAACAUUUGGGGCCAGAGGAAGCAAAAUUUUAGUGACAACCCGUAGUCAACAGGUCUCUUCAAUUAUGGACUCAUCCUAUAUCCACCAAAUAAAGCAGUUGUCCCAGACUGAUUGUUUGAUCUUGUUUCAAAAUUUUGCAUUUGGAGAUAAAGAAGAGAACCGAACUUUGAUGGAAAUUGGUGCAAAGAUUGUUGAGAAAUGUGGCGGUGUGCCCUUGGCUGUCAUAUCCCUUGGUAACACGCUCCGCAACACUGGAGAUGAAACUUAUUGGUCCUCGGUAUUGAACAGUGAAAUAAUGCAGCUCAGAUAUAUGGAAGAAAAAGUGUUAGCGGUACUAAAGUGGAGCUAUGACACUCUCCCUCCAAGGUCAAAGAAGUGUUUUGCAUUUGCCUCCCUAUACCCAAAGAACUCUCGAAUGAAAAAGGAUGAAUUGAUAAAACUGUGGAUUGCAAAUGGUUUCGUACGUUCAGAAAAAAGUUUUGAUGCUGAAACACUGGCCAAUGAUGUCUUUGAUGAUCUUGUGCGGAGAUCAUUCUUUCUCUUGGCACCUUCUCGUAAUUUUAAAUAUUUUAGUUAUGGAACCGAGUACACGAUGCAUGAUUUGAUGCACGAUCUGGCACGAUCAGUAUCUGCAAAUGUAUAUUGGCAUUCUGAACAAGACUCGGUGGAAGAUAUUGGAAACAGAACAUAUCAUUUGCAAAUAUAUAUACGAGGAGAAUCAUGCAUGACUCAGGUCUUAGACAAGAAACCAUUGAACUUGCGCACCUUUAUGCCCUUUCGUUUCUAUAGACAGUCAUAUUUGAGUAUCAAUCUGCUUCAAGUCAUCUCAGACUCGGAACUAAAAUUUUUGCGGGCGUUAGAUUUAAGUAGCAGUGGCAUCAGUGAGGUGCCGACGUCAAUAGGAAAUUUGAUACAUUUGAGGUACCUCAACUUAUAUAACAAUGGAAUUGAAGUUCUACCCGACUCCAUAACCCUUCUCUCCAAUUUACAGUAUCUCAAUCUCAUUUUAAAUUUCAAUUUUCGAGAGCUACCAAAAGAGUUAGGGAAUAUGCAAAACCUUCGGGUUCUUGAUUUACAAAGACAUCAUUCUCAGAUUGAUAUACACAUGCCCUGUGGGUUGUCACGACUAACUAAUCUUCGAAGUUUACCUGUCUUUUUUGCUGGGAACAGAACUGGCGCAUGCUCAAUAUUAGAACUCGAAAAUUUGAAGCUUCAUGGAGAAAUGCAAAUUAAAUUUUCCAAAGAUUUUAAGAAUUAUUCUUGUGGUGGAAAAAAAAUCUUGAAGAAUAAAGAUCUUAAUGAUCUACUCAUAGAGUUUAAUAAUUUAGAAAGAUAUGACAAGGACAUGUUGGAUGAUCUUUGUCCCGACACGAGCUUAAAGGAGUUGAUCAUAAAAAAUUAUGGGAGCCCACAAUUCCCAACAUGGUUGAUGGAGUUACAAUUGCCAAAUUUGGUUGAAGUUUGCCUUGAAAACUGCGGUGGUUGUGAGCAUAUUCCUCCGUUUGGAAAUCUACAGUUUCUUGAAAAGCUUGUCUUAACGGCUAUGGAUGUCAUUACAGACCUGGGUGCUGAGUUCCAUGGGUACAGAAGCUUUCCUUCCCGUCAAGAACUCAUUUUGAAUCGGAUGAAUAAUUUAGAGGAAUGGCCAGACUCUCAUGAUGGUGACAAUCAGUUGUUCCCUAAACUACAUAGUCUGCAUAUUUUCGAUUGUCCUAAAUUGAAUGCUGAGAUUUCCUACAAUCCAAGAGCUUACUAUAAUCAACUGUAAUGGGAGCCUACUCUCAUGUGUUGGAAGAUUGACCUCUCUCUCUGUUCUUUUUCUGGGGUCGUUGGGCGACAUGACAUCCCUUCCUAGUGGAUGUAUCAAAAACCUCACAUCCUUGACGAAAUUACAAAUUGUGCAAUGCUCACAACUCCAAUUUCUUCCUGGCGAUGAACUGCAACACCUAGAAAUGCUUCGUUCAUUGACCAUUGAAAAAUGUCCUAAUUUGGCAUCCUUCCCAUUAGAAAGUGGGACAUCUUAGUUCUCUUUGUUCUCUAGAUCUCUUAGCUUGUCCAAGUAUAAUAUUGCAGCUAGAAGAACUCGUACCAAUCUUGAAUUCAGUAAAAAACUUCAUAGUAGAUAUUUGUGGCAACAAAGUCAAUUUACGUGGGCAACUGCAAUACUUACACACGCUCAAAAUAUUGUCUCUAAGUGGUGCCCAUGUUGACAAAAACAGACAUAGAUUGGGACACUCAAAAAUUUUACAUAUUUGUUGUUGUGAUGAAUUGGAGUCGUUGAUGACAGCAGAACCAACAAGCAGUGUAUUAGAAGAACUAUUCAUAGAUGGAAUUUCCAAUCUCACGAACUUGCCUGACUGGUUGCAGCAUCUCAAGUCUCUUCAUUCACUAUCAAUCGGAAACUGCUCACGAUUAGAAAGGGUGCCAAGGAAUUUGAAGAAUCUACAUAUGUUGAAAACUUUGAACAUUGCUGAUUGCCCACUACUGGAAAGUAGAUGCGAAAGGGAGACAGGUGAAGAUUGGCCAAUUAUCUCACAUCUGCCAUAUAUUUAUAAUCACUACAGGGUCUAAUAUCUCACCCUUAGUGCUCCCGCUAAUCCGUUCCUAGAUCAACACGGUGAAAAAGCCGAGGAUGAAGACUCAGCAGAUGAAGACUUGAUAUAAGAUCAUAGUUGUAUCUUAUGAAAUCCUUUGUUGCUAGUAAUUAAAUUUGUUUAAGUUCUUUUAUUUUCAGAAACUUUAAAAGUAUAUAUGUGAUUUAUUAUAUGUCACACUAGGACUUCAUUUGUUGUUGGAUACAUUAUGAUUUUCCUCUCUUGGAGGAAUAUUGUCAUUCUAUGUGAGAUUCUUUUGUUGCUUUAUGGUGUUGUGAUGUAGUAAAUAAACUAUUUGAUAUUGAGUUUGACAA